GGUCUGUCUCUCCGCACAGAGCCGCUGUUUGACUCGGUCUGUCUCUCCGCACAGAGCCGCUGUUUCGUGGAUCAUCGCAGGGUGAAGGUAGUGGCCGGAUCGGGGGGGAACGGAGCCUCCUCCUUCCACAGCGAACCCCGGAAAGAGUGGGGCGGUCCGGACGGGGGAAACGGAGGAGCCGGGGGAGACAUCAUCAUCAAAGUGGACCGGCAGGUGAGAUCACUGUCCUCUGUGUCACCGGUGUAUCAUGGGAAAGAUGGAGAGGCGGGAAGCAGUCAGAACUGCUUUGGACGCAAUGCCAGCCCCACCUACAUCGCAGUUCCUGUCGGCACGCUUGUCAAAGAGGAGGGCAGGGCGCUGGCAGACCUCUCGCAGCACGGCCAGCUGUAUACGGUGGCGUACGGAGGUGCGGGGGGGAAGGGGAACCGCUUUUUCCUGUCCAAUGAGAACAGAGCGCCCCUGACCGCCACGCCCGGAGAGAAGGGCCAGGAGCGCGUGGUUCAGCUGGAGCUGCGCACCAUGGCCCACGCCGCACUGGUUGGCUUUCCGAAUGCAGGCAAGUCGUCUCUGUUGCGUGCGAUCUCUAAUGCACGGCCGGCUGUGGCGGCGUACCCCUUCACCACGCUCAAGCCUCACGUGGGCAUCGUCACGUACAGAGACCACCAGCAGCUGGCAGUGGCUGAUAUUCCCGGGCUGAUUCCCGGCGCUCACCUGAACCGUGGGCUCGGCGUCUCCUUCCUCAGGCACAUCGAGCGCUGCAGGCUGCUGCUGUUCGUGUUGGACAUGUCUUCCGCGGAGCCCUGGGAGCAGCUCCAGCAGCUGUGCUUCGAGCUGGACCAGUACAAUCCUCAGCUGUCCCACAGACCUCGUGCUAUCGUGGCCAACAAGAUGGACCUGCCGGAGGCCAGGAGGAACCUGGAGGCUCUGAGGAGCCGCGUCCAUCAGACGGUCAUCCCUGUGUCAGCGCUGACCGGACACAACACGGCACAGCUGAUCCUGCACCUCAGAGAGAUGUACGACAGCUACCCGCAAAACUCCUAGAUGAGAUGCAGCCACUUCCUCAUAGAUGGAAGUGCUCAACUCUGUCUAACUAGUGUUCUAGAAAUACACGGCUUCAGGAAUUACCAUUAGAAAGGGAGCAUGCAGGUUAAGAUCAGACUGUUGUUUAGAUCACUAACACUGAACAUGUCAAGUUACUGUACAUCCUCAUGACAACAUAACAGCAGGGACACACGUGAGGAUCUCAGGAAGGGAAGUCCUGUGAGUGAGAGUGUAGUCAGCCAGUCAUUACUGCAGAGCAAACCCUGAUCUUCUGCAUAUAUAGUAUCAUGUAUUUUUUUUUUUAUUUAAUAAACUUUAUUGUAAUUA